GCGAAUACCUGGUGCGAGAAGCGUACGGCUUUCGAAACCUUGGCAUCCACGAUCAUCAACUUUCUUCGCCAUCCUCCUCCACCACUUUGAUAAAAUCGGGUAUAAAUGGUUUCAAACGUACCACACCUUUUAUACCCAAAUCCUCAUAUAAAUCUCUGGUCCAAUCUGAGAAUUCCUUAAAAUGUCACGAGAUUUGGACGAAUCCGACCCUCGACAAUCGACAACAUUAG